AUCAGCUGUAGUAUACAAAAUUUUUGUGUGUGCUAGACGAAUUAGAAUUUUCCGUAUUAUAUAUCUACUUACUUAUCCGCUUUCGUUUUUUAAUCAAUCUUUUAAGGGCAAGUUUUGUGGGGCUUAUUGUUAUAAGCAUCUAUUAAACCGUGACCAAGUUGAGAUUACUUAUACAAAAAUAUAUGCGCAAUAAAUCAAGAUAUACAAUAUAAUGGAAGCGAUCGCUGGUCGUGACUCUGCAACUGAGAUUGUUGUAGUAAAUGAUGUACCCUCUGCAGAUGUAUUAGAUUCAGCACCAGUUCUUCGCCUACGGUUAAAAAAACCCAAACCAGACCGGCAAGUUGCCUGGCGUGAAGGUACAGUGGAUAACGAAGAUAUGGGAAAGAAAAAAUCCAAGUGUUGCUGCAUAUAUAAAAAACCUUUAAAUUUCGGCGAAAGCUCUUCUUCAGACGAUGAGGAAUGUGAACACUGUUUUGGCCAUCCUGAAAAACGCCGAAAAAAUAUAAAUCAACAUAAAACUCAUGAACACAAAGACCCCGUAGGUGACGAUGGAAACCCAUCUUCUCAAUAGUCAGUCGACCAUGCUUCAGCAAAACCCUAUUGACACUAUGAUAAGCAACUUGAAGUUUGUUGACAGUAUUGACAAAGCAAAGGUCUGCUUUAUGCCAUUGUUUCAUUCAAUUUGGUAGGAACACAGAAUUGAAUUAAAUAAUGAUCAUCCCGCUGAAGCCCUCAUAUAUUAUAUUUAAAACCAUGAAACUUUAUUUUUUGUUUUUCUAUUUAAUGUUUGUGCUUAUAUGAGUGUACAGUGAGUAUUUAUGUAUCACGCAAAUGAAAUGAAAUUUGACACGCUUUUUGAUUGCUCGUUAGAGCUAAGCCCAUGGUGCACUAAAUUUAACAUUUUAAAGUAAA